AACUCUUCUCCACAAGAUGAGGUUAAGCUUAGUCUCAGAUUACUACAUGGUGCGCCGGAAGUAAUCCUAGAGGUUGCAGGUUCGCAAGAUGAAGUUACUAGGAAGAUUGUGGAGAUAUGCUUACCUUGUAUCGGCCGCCCAAAGAGGUUGGACAUCAUAUCUCAUCUCUAACAAAUGAUAAAUGUAUCCUCUUUUAUUUUACAAUAACAGUAUGUUUUUUUGUGUGUAUAUGCAGUGUCCAAGACCUCAAUGAAUUUUUGAUGAGUAAUCCUAUUGUGUGCUCUGCGCGGACGGGGUACAUUCCAGAUACAACAGCCCAGGGUAGGCUUUUGUCCCGGACCAUCAUUGCUGUUAUAUUGGAGUGUCAUUCAGAACAUAAAAGCUGGAAUGGCGCAUUGGAUUCUGACCACAUUCGGAUCAUUAAGCCUCGGGAGUCCAAGGAGAUGUUCAUGAUGAUACUGAAAGAUGGAGUGGAAUUUGAAGGGGAGGCACUGCUUAGGGCUAAGGUCAAUGACCUACGCAAAGCUGCCCUGAUCUUCAGAAGACUCUACCAGGCCAGUGGCCAUUCUCCUGUUUACGUUUUGGAGCUCAUACAAGCCCUUGAAGGAGCGACUACACACUCGGUUGCGCAGCCUGCGUUCAUGGAAUUUUUGAGGUAUCAUCCCGCGAUCAUGGCAUCCGCUGGCCGUACUAACUUUACCAAGGCGAUCAACAGAGAUCGUGAAAGGAUCCUUGUGGGACUACCAAAACCCACUAUAUGUCCAAAUGACUGGAGAGCACUUGUCAAAUUGGAAGGCCACAUGCCUAUUACGGUUGUGUACCGUUAUGGCCCUUAUGGAAGCACGGUGGGCGAGCUUAUCAGGUUUAUGCGCAAUGUUCUCGAGCAUGGUAAGGAGCAUCAAGGAGAAGAUGGCAAUGUCGACUAUUAUAAUGAGCACGAGUUGGAGCUAUACCUUGCCAAUACGUUCCAUCCGUUUCUUCCAAGCAUCAUGCGAACCCUGUUGGCCUUGGGAAAAAUGGAAGAACCCUGUGGACGCGCAGCCUGGUCUUCUUACAAAUUAUUUGUCUAAAUAAUUCGAACGAAUUGGAUCCAUGGUCGAAGUGAUCACUGCGAGAGGAGGUUAUGUUUUUUGCAUGGGGCUGUAAGAGGUUGCAGUUCCUUCAACAAGUUUUGAUCGUGGGCGAUGUGUUGAACUAAGAUUUACCAGAGAAACUAAGGCGCUCAAUUGAACCAUAAUUUUGAGGCGCGUGAAAUAGAUUGAAUGCCAUUUUAUUAAUAAGGAAAAAUAAAGCAUACUAUAACCAUGCAUGCAUUUUGUACCUUUUCUUUCUUUAUUUUUGGGAUCAGAUUCUCUUUCUUUUCUAGCAGGAAUAAACUUGUAUUACUCAAGCAUCAUGGUUACAAUUAGACCUGAUCAUACUCCGGGCUUGGCUUGACAAAGCACGAAGUGGAAAUCCCAAGCCCGAGCACAGCCUGACCCAAAACAUGUGAACAAUGCAAUUUCUUAAU